AUGGAUGCAGCGGGAAGCGGCCGGACUGGCCAGGACCUGGACGAAGGUGAACUUGAGAGGAUCCGGCAAAGGAUCCUGCGUGACUUUAAGCUGGAGAUCAGGAAGCUUCGUGGUGAGGUGUUCCUUCUCCGCCUGGUUUGGAUCAACGAGGUGGUCUUCAUGGUGUUGGAGCUCAAUGUGGCCAUGCCGGCUCCGAUUGGCUGGCACUUGCCGGCAUUCUACGAGAGGUGGUUAGUCGCUGGCCCAGUGGAUCGACUACGUCUACGUCCUGGGGAUGUUCUUCUUCCUGUGGAUUUCCAGCGGGUUGAACAGCGUGGUGUGUCCAUGCUUCUGGCGGCUUGUCCGGAGAUGAUCAAGCGAGACUUGGUGGCUUCCAGAACUUUGACAUCAACUGGAAUUCUUUUUCGGAUGUUCACGGUGUAUCAGCCUGGUGGUGGAGUGGAAAAGGCAGCACUUCUCAAGCAGGAGGCUGUGGACGCUUUGGCCAAGGUUGGUGGUCUUCAGGUGGGCUAUCGCAUCUCAGCGGUGAGGAAGGAGCUCAUGGUGGACACCCGGCCGACUGUGGAAGCGGUGAGGGACUAUGCCGAGGUGCUGCAGGCAGAAGCUGAGGAGUUGGCGCUGGUGACGAACUCGAAGAUGUUCUCUACGGCACCGACGGCUGCUCCAGUUUUGAAGGAUUGUCCUCACAAAGCGGCUUUGGGUGGCAGCAGUGGCGGCGAUACCAAAACGCCAAGAAGGGUCAGCAAGAUCAAGGAAAAGAUGACUCCGGAGAAGGGUAGUCCUGGUGCAGCUCAGGGGGAGAAGGUCGCUAAGGUGGUUGCACAGGAUGAGAUCAAAGGGGCAUCAACGGAUGGGGGCGCAGCGGAAAAAGAGCCUGUGAAGGUUCCGGUGUCUGUGGCUCCUGCUCAAGUUCAAGAAGCUCCCAAGGAGUCGGCGGCAGAUCUGAUGAAGGUGAUCUUGGACGAGAACUCUGGUGUGGGCCAAUGGGCAUUACUGGAUGGUGGUGCUACUCACGCACUUCGGCGAGCUCGGGUGGACGAGCUUGAGGGCCUUGUGGCAGUCGAGGCGGAGCUUGCCAGUGGUUCCACAACUUUGUAUCGCUCCAAGGAUCAUCAAACUUUGUUGUCUUUGCAUGAGGUGGAACCAAUUCUUCCUCUUCACUUACUGGUGUCAAAGGGCUACAGGGUGGUGUGGAAAACGGAAGGCUGUCGCAUUUCCCAUCCAACGUAUGGCCAGGUGGACUGCUCCAUGAGACAAGGGUGUCCAGUUAUGCCGAGAGCGGAGGCGCUGGAAAUGUUGCAUCGCUUUGAGACGGAGGAGAGGCUGGGCAUGUACCUUAAGGAGAAGGAGCGCAUCUGGUGGAAGGAGCAUUUUUUCGGAAGUCCCAGAAGAGGUGCUUCGACAUAUGGUGGGUCAGGGGGAGGAUCCAAUGGUGUGGACAUGCCCUUGGAAUAG